UUUGUGACGUCAGGCUUCCCCGUUCGCUAGUCAAUAGCGGUGACUAGGCAGCGGGAGGGGCCCGGAUGCAGCGGAGGCGGACGGCCGUAAAAUGGCGGCGGGGAUGAGGCCGGAAGUGGAAGAAGAAGGGGCUCAUAGCCUGCUAGAGACCGUGGGCUCACUGCUAUCAGACUAUGGCUGGUACAUCCUCUUCAGCCUCAUUGUUGUUUAUUUACUUGUACAAAAACUUGCCAAAUCAUAUCGAGGCACCAGAAGGCCCUGCGUGGACACAGCAGCCAUUGAACCUGAUGCUGUGGUUAAACGACAAGAGGCUCUGCUUGCUGCACGUCUGAGGAUGCAAGAAGAGCUGAAUGCACAAGCAGAAAAAUUCAAAGAGAAACAGAAAAAGCAGCUAAGCUGUUACAACCCCUUGUCUGGAGAAGGUGGUGGGACGUGCUCAUGGAGACCAGGACGCAGAGGUCCUUCAGCGGGCGGAUGAGGAUAAAUUCUGCUGGUGUCUUCUUUGGACACUGGCAGGUAUUAAUUGGCCCCAUAACUGUAGCUGUCUAUGGGUUGCUUGGCACAGGGACUUCUUAGUGGAGGGUUAGGUUAGUACUGUAGUGGCCUCAGAGAGACAUGAAAAUGUAAAUACAACUGGUGAUGCCAUGAAAGCAGUAGGAGAGAAUGCUAGAAGCUGACAGGAAAUGACAUGAGGGAUACCUUUAUUUUGUGAGAGGGGCCUUGGGUCCCUAGCUUGGCAAUAUGUUAGUACAAGCGGCUUUUCUUUUUGAGACUGAAGCACUGUCAUCUGUGUGUUCCCUUAGAUUAUUUUUCUGUGCAAUGGGAACAUCUAAACUAUCUUGUCCAGAGCACUUGGGACUGAAGUGCCAUGGGCUCUGCAGGGACUUACCUGCUGGAAAUGGCAAGUUCACUCUUCCUCCACUUCGUUUUGGGGUGAGGGGUUAGUUUUAGACAGCAAAGCUGGGUUUUCAUGCAAAAAUAGGAUAAUAACCAAACAUCCAGCAAAAGGGAAAGCAAAAUGACCAGUAGUCGGGCUAGUGCAAUUCCAUAAGGAGGAAGAAGAAUUUAAAAUGUGCUGCUCUGGAUUUUGAGACCCUGGAUAUCUCCUGCCAACAUUGUCCAAACUGGCCAUGCCAUGCGCUCAUCUUGUUGGCAGAUGUAGCCAGUUGUACCUUGAGGUCAUGUUAUAAAAUCUUUGAAUUUGCUUAUGGGGUUCAGCCCCUCAUAAAGGUGAAGUGAUAGUUCUCUGAUAAAACUCCCUGUAACAAGCAGCCUUAAAUGAUGUGGUCCUUAUAAAUGGUGGAGACAUCACUGAGGACCUCUGAAGCUAGACAGCUUAUUGGGGACAUUUCUUGCCAUAUCCUCAUUCUGUUUCUUCUGCUUUGUAUGACAAAAACUAAAUACUAUUUGAAACCUA